CGGGAGGGGUCGAUCAUGGGGAACGAAGCGAGCCUGGAAGGAGGCGAAGGGCCGCCGUCCGGGCUACCGGAGGGGCUGGCACCCGACGGCAAGGGCGGCUUCGUCCGGGUCCCCGAGGGGACUCCGGUGGACCUGGGUGAACUCAGCGAGGAGCAGCGCAGGCAGCUCGCCGCGGCGAUGUCAAGGGCGCAAGGCAGGCAGCCCGGAGGCGCAGCAGCUGCACGAAGAACAUCCGUAUCUGAUACCCAUCAGCGUACUCAGCUGGUAGGGGCCUCCAGGGGCCCUCCAGGUCUCAGUAAGAGUCGAACUGUAGACGCCUUCAACCAGGGUCCGCCUGGCAAGCCCUCACCGGGCCGCAGCCCCUCGUCCCUCAGCCUUUUUGAAUCGAGAUUCCGGCAGGAGCCUAAAGACCCAGAGACCAAGUCAUCAGGCAUGUUCGGAUCCAGCUUCCUCAGCGGGGCCAACCCUCUCAGUGCUGUGUCAUCUAUGACCUCCUCUGUCUCCUCUUCCAUAUCCUCUAUGGGCGAUAAUGUCAACAUCCCCAAGUUUGGACUAUUUGGUGAUGAGGAGGAGGGAGAUUCAUCUGAAUCCAAGCAAGGAGUAAAACCACCAGGCAAGGGCCCUCAGCAAGGGCCAGGUCCUAAGGGACCACAACAGGGAGGACCUCCGAAACAGGGUCAGGGCCCUCCUGGACAGGGGCAAAAGCCAGGUCAAGUACCCCCUGGGCAGGGACCAAGGCAAGGUCAGGGACCUCCAGGCCAGGGUCCUCCAGGUCAAGGACAACCUGGGCAAGGACCAAGACAAGGUCAGGGACCACCAGGCAAGGGGCCCAACGCAGGUCCGGGUUCUCCUGGCCAAGGGCCCAGACAAGGUCAGGGACCACCAGGCCCGGGGCCUAAGGCAGGUCAGGGUCCUCCGGGACAAGGACCCAGGCCAGGUCAGGGACCCCCAGGCCAGGGGCCCAAUGCAGGUCAGGGUCCGUCUGGUCCAGCAUCUCCUGGGCAAGGACCCAGACAAGGUCAGGGACAACCAGGUCAGGGUCCCAACGCAGGUCAAGGUCCUCAUGGCCAAGGACCCAGGCAAGGUCAAGGGACACCAGGCCAGGGUCCCAACGCAAGCCAGGUUCCUCCAGGACAAGGACCCCCUGGGCAGGCCCCCAGGCAAGGUCAGGGUCACCCAGGCCACGAACCCCAGGGGGGACAAGGCCCCAAACCUGGUCAAGGUCCACCAGGUCAAGGCACCAAACCGGUUGGCCCUCCCCAGCAAAAAGGUGCAUCUCCUCAACAAGGACCUGGGCCCAAACAGCAAGGGCCACCAGGCCCUGGGGCUCAUCCUGGAGAAUCAGCAAAGAGCGGAGGUCCUCCUGGUCAGCCGGUGGCUGGAAAGCCCGGCGGUGGACUCUGUCCACUGUGUAAGACCACCCAGCUGAACAUCGGGUCUAAGGACACACCCAAUUACAGUAACUGCACAGAGUGUAAGAACCAGGUCUGCAGCCUCUGUGGUUUCAGCCCCCCAGACUCAGCGGGCAAAGAGUGGUUAUGUCUUAACUGCCAGAUGCAGCGAGCGAUGGGAGGUAUGGAUCCCCCCGGCAUGACGAAACCAAAACAAGGCUCGGCCCCGCCCUCGCCCCAGAGACAGGCCUCUGGCAAGCCUGGCAAGCUGCUGAUAAAGCAGCAGAGUACUACCGACCACGGGUUAACGCCACCAACCACACCGAGGCAGAAAUCCCCGGGUUCCACGUCUCCUGGACCGCUUUCCCCCGGUUCCUCAUUGGGGGGAUCCCCCAAGAUUGACCCCAAGACAGGCAGACCCAUCCAGCCGAAGUCCAGUCCACAGCAGUCUCCAGCUAAAGCCAAACAGGAGUCCAGCUUUUUUGGGGGCUUGGGAAGCAUCGGUCUGGGAGGCUUAACGGACGCCAAACCGCCCGCGUCUACCUCACAAGCUUCCGAGUCCGUUACAGGGAAACUGUUUGGCGGGUUUGGAGGCUUGAUGGAAUCGUCGAAGCCUCAAGCGCAGGCUGUGCCGAAGCAAGAAGAGUCGGUGGCCGGGAAGUUGUUUGGAGGUUUUGGAGGGUUGAAAGAAACAACCAAAACCCCCGCUGCUGCUUCUCAGAUGUUCAGCUUUGGAUCGUCACUCUUGAGUUCAGCAAGCAAUCUCGUCUCUGGAGAGGAAGAGAAGGCAGCGGCCCCUCCACCGGGGUCGCCGCCGGGCUCUGAAGCAGGUUCCCCUCCGGACUCUGGCCCCGGCUCUCCACCUGACUCUCCAUUCUCUCCUCCUGGGUCUCCCCCUGAUUCAGAUUCUGCUCCUGACACCCCACCUGCUAAGUCCAAGAAACCCCCGAGAACCCUUUCCGUGGAGCAGGAAGAGAAGGAGCCCGUUGCCAAAGCUGCACCUCCACCUGCACCUGCCCCAACAUCAAAAGAAAGCUGUCCCCUGUGUAAUGUGGAGCUGAAUGCGGGAUCAGUAGACACGCCCAACUACAGCUUGUGCACCAACUGCAAGAAGACAGUUUGCAAUCUUUGUGGAUUUAAUCCUACUCCGCAUUUAGGAGAGAAAGAAUGGCUUUGCCUCAACUGCCAGACCCAACGAGCCAUGACGGGCCAGCUGGCAGACGUGCCACCUCCAGCCACGGCUUCCCCACUGCAGCAACCGCCUUCCCCUGCUCCCGCUUCCACCCCUGCCCCUCCUGCUGUAGAUAGCAAGCCUGUAGUAGAAGCAUCAGACCUAACCCCGCCAGCUCCUGAUACCAAGGUGAAAAUGGAGGAGACCAUGAAAGAGCCUGAAGAGAAAGAAAUAUCUGCCAAGGACUGCAGUCCCACCAGCCCAUCUGACCUAGCCAAGCUGGAAAGCACAGUCUUACCCAUUCUUGAGGCCAAGACACAACCAAAGGAAGAUGAGGAGACACUAACAGACACCCUAAAGACCAGACGUAAAUUACAAGUGCUUCCUCUCUCACCUGACUCACCCAGCUCAGAAGAUGACCGGGGACUUUGUGAGAAGAAUGACAAAGGUACCACAAAGAAAAAGCUACUCGUGCCCAUGGAUGUCAGGGCAGAUUCCCUGGAUGACAGCAGUGAAAGCUUUGGAAAAGAAAGCCCGAUAUCUGGUGAUGAUGAGGAAUUUAUCCGAAAACAGAUUAUGGAAAUGAGUGAAAAUGAGGAUGCCUCCCCGUCUGAUGAGGAAAACCUCAUCAGGCGUAAGAUAAGGGAGAAUGAGAAGAAGCAAAUGGAACAGAAGACAACUGAGGGUGUAGAGAGGAGUGCAUCAGGAAAAGCCAGACGACUUACCAAAAAAUGCACAAUUAGUCCAGAUGACGAAGAGGUUAAACAACUACGUGACUCAUCGGAAAAACCUGAUAUAAACCGAGAGGAGGGACAAGACUCCAAGGAAGGGAGUGGUACUGGAGUCCGCAAAUUCCGAAUAAUGGAGCUGAAUUCAACCAGCGGCCCUAUCCAUAUACCUAAUGAUGAUAGAGAACCUGAGAUGGAAAGCCUUACAGACUCUCCAGAUGAUCGGUCUAGAGGUGAGGGGUCAUCCAGUCUACAUGCAUCCAGCUUCACCCCCGGGACAUCCCCGACAUCACUCUCAUCACUGGAUGAAGACAGUGACAGCGGUAGUCCCAGCCAUAUCCGUUCUGGUGAGGGUAAACAACACAGGAAAGCCAAACACAGACAACCUGGUCAAAUGCUGCCAACUAUUGAAGACUCUUCUGAAGAGGAAGAGUUACGGGAAGAAGAAGAGCUGCUGAGGGAGCAAGAAAAACAGAAGGGAUCGGGGAAAAAGUCCAAGAAGGACAAAGAAGAGAUCCGAGCCCAGAGGAGACGAGAGCGUCCAAAGACACCACCGAGCAACCUUUCGCCCAUCGAAGAUGCCUCACCAACCGAGGAACUCAGGCAAGAAGCUGAGAUGGAGGAGAUCAGGCGAUCGUCCUGCUCUGAUUUCUCCCCCAGUGUUGAAUCAGAUUCUGAAGGAUUUGAAAUCCAUCCUGCAAAGAUUGCGGCAGUUCAGAAAACCUAUCAACUUCCUAUAUCGGUAUCUCUUCACUCUCCAACAGAUGCUCAAAAUCUUGAUCAACCACAGAAAAAAACCCUCAAAACGGCUGAUGAAGCCUAUGAGGAAAUAAUGCUAAGGGCCAAGUCUCCAACCCUUGACAAAGGAAAUAUUCAACCAGGAAAAGAGUCCCUUUACGGGGGAAUGCUUAUUGAAGACUAUGCCUAUGCAUCUCUUAUUGACAAUUCAACAGCUGAUACGGGUGGACCGGAGAAGAUUAAUGUUCCCGCGCAGCCAAAAACACUGAGAUCACCAGAUGAAGUUUAUGAAGACAUGAUAAAGAAGAGGAAGGAAUUCAUCCAGCUUGAGAAGGAAUAUCAAAAGAUGCAGCCAAAAGUGGAAAGCACAACCCCAGAAAUUGUGUUGCAACCUGCUGAGGACACUUUCCCCAAAAGCACCACAGUAACAUUAGGCAAGGAUGGGAAGCCAUUGUUGGAUGCCGAAACUGCCUAUGAAGAGCUAAUUAAAAGAACUCUGACUCCUGGAACAAGUCCAACUCUGCAGGAACCAGAAGUGGAAGCCACUGCAUCUAAAAGGGCACUCAAUCCCAUUCCAGACUUAAAGGUGACACAGUGUUCUUCAGGAGAGUUGUCCUCUGAUGACGAAAGUAUUAAAAAAGAGGAGAUUAUAACUAUAGUGUCAGACACGCCAGAGGCUAUGGAAACUGAGCCGGUCACAGUGUCUACCGAGUCUCCGCCAUCAUCCACAUCAUAUCAACAAACUCACACCACAAUCACAGAAUCAGAGCUCGAUAUUGUUGACUUAUCGAGUGCACUCCCGAGAACAUCAGUCCCGGCAAUUGUUAGUGUUUCACCCUUGCCCACAGUCCCCCAGUACACACCCGGUGUCUCUAGCGUAGUGUCAACUUCUCCACCUUUACCUCCUAAGCCUAGUGUACUGCUUAGGGCUAAUUCUCAGGAAAAAGCAGAAGUACCUGUUGCACCGCCACUGCCUCCUCCAACCCCUCCAAAACCUACGGUUUUCCCCAGGAAAGCUCCUGUCCCACUUCCACCUCAGGCUUCAGCAACACAGAUCAGGCCAGAGAUGGUGGCUAUGACUGCAAGCCAAGGAUCACCCACAAGACAACUAGUUACACCAAUAUACAAGCCUCAAGUUCCCCCUCCUGUUGCCCCAAAGCCAACCAUUCAUGCAGGGAUCGGGGAUAGCUACCGACCAGGACAUUGCGUCAAACCACCAAUUGCACCAAAGCCUGGUUCACAGCCUUCUUCGCCUGCUCAUGUCCCACAUUCACCAAGACCCACUGUUCUUCCCACUGGUCCUAAUGACAUAGCUUUGAAUCUGAGUCCUUCCUCUGAGAGCAAGCUGUUUCAACCCUCCCCCAAGUCUCCCUCAUCUCCAAGAUACACCAGGAAUAUUCGUGACACAUAUGUAGUCAUCACAUUGCCAUCUCAGCCCAGCUCUCCAGUAGACAGUCUCUUAACUCAAGCUCCCUCUAGCCCCGGCCCAGCAUCUUCUUCAUGCCCGGCUCAGCCCCAAAGCUACCACCAACAACAACAUCAACUUCAAUCUUAUCCACAGCAUCAUCCACAACCAAGCCCCCCUCAAACAACCAGAGUGCCUCUGGCAUACACACGAGUCACAGAAUCUAUUGAAAGUCAAGAGUUUUGUGGCCCGGAGAAGCAUGUAUCUAGUUCUUGUCAUAUAAUUGAGGCUAUAUCUGCCUCUGCACAGCCACCUGUGGUUAUGCCUAAUCUGAUCUCUCAAGUGGUCACAACAGAAGUCCAAAGGACCACUGUCUCUGUUGUUCAUGAAAGGACAUCACCCCCAGUGCCAGCUCCAAGGGCAAAUGGUGUCCCAAUCUCAAUGGAGAAACCUAAGCCCCAAUUGCCAGCGCAAAAUGGACAGGCCAUCCAACCUUCUGAGGUGGUAGAUCUUAGGACUAUGAAGGUGGACCAACAAUCAGACAUGAAUGGUGUGGAUCUGUCUGCUGGCCCAGACGCAAGACGUCAGUCCUUUGCAGCGGAUAUCAGUCGUCAGAACAGUGCAGUGCACUCACCUGUGGUCAAUCUUAGUGCUGAAUCAUCCACUGUUUCUAUAGUGACUGAUAGUAUCACCAUUGUGACCUGUGCUGCCACAAUUGAACAAUGUGACAAUGUAGACAUUUCCCGAGUAUCUUCAGUUCCCCUUCAGUUAACAAAAAAUAAAGCUUUUGAACCUGUUUCUCAAAUCAUAUAUCGGCCAAUUGAUUCUCAGCCAUCUACACCGUCUGGUAUGGAAACCCCUAUUAACCUCUCAGUCGGAUCCAGCACCGGCGGAGGUUCUUUCCAGACCAAUCCUGUCACUAUUGCACCCGCUUGUAUUGCAGGUUAUGUUGCCAAUGGAUUAACUACGGGCUCAACCACAGUGGCUGGAGCCGUCGACCUUAGCACAACAAAACCAUUCAACACUCUGGUGUCAGUGGAUGCUGCUUCUGCAGAGGCGGUCACAGCUGUACUCACAGAUGACGAUGGCAAACCAGUGGAUCUGACUGCAGGAAAAAGAGCUGUUUGCUGUGAUGUUGUGUACAAUCUCCCAUUUGCAGGAAGCUGCACUGCUCAGCAAGCUACUACACCCCUGCCUGAAGAUCGAUUUGGAUAUCGGGAUGACCAUUACCAGUAUGACCGAUCCCCUUACGGCAUGAGAGGGUUUGGUGGAAUUAAACCGUCGAUGUCAGACACUAACCUAGCAGAGGCCGGCCUGUUCUUUUACAAGAGUAAGAACAGCUAUGAUUUCAGUGGUACCACAGAGGGUGCAGUAGAUCUUACCUCAGCAAAGAUUUCUGAUGCAGGUGAAGCUGUUGACUACUCCAAGAAAGGAACUUAUGCAGGAAUGACAAUCCCACCCUAUUCCCAAGCCAGAGUCACAAGCGCUGUUGGAACACUCUUUGGUACAAGCAGUGUCUUGAGGUCAUCAAAUGGGGUGGUUUAUUCCUCUGUUGCAGCACCAAUCCCAUCUACGUAUGCCAUUACCACCCAACCUGGGUCCAUCUUUAGUACGACAUACAACACACUUUCAGGUAUGCAUACCAGCGAUACAAUGCCUUCCCUUUCUGACAUCCAGAAUUUACCACUUACAAGAUCCCAUAGUUUCCUCUCCACCAUCAACUCUACUGCUACCGUGGAACAAGAAGAUACCCCACUCAAUCUGGAGAUCUCUAGAAGGGGUAGCACUGUUGUCACAGCUUCUUUGUCUCUUGACUACACUGAUGCAUCCCUGGAGGCCAUAGCUGCUUCACUGGAAGCCCUGUCUUCACCCAUGGUUCCUGGGGAUGGCCAGUAUCAGGCAGAGCGUGAGAGACUAGAGAUGGAGAAACUGAAGCAACAGCGCUUGGCUGAGGAAUUAGAGUGGGAGCGCCAAGAGAUUCAACGGUUCCGAGAGCAUGAACAACUCUUGGUCCAGAAGGAACUGGAAGAGCUGCAGGCGAUGAAGCAACACAUCCUGAACCAACAAGAAGAGGAAAGACAGGCUCACCUUAUGAUGCAGAAAGAAACAUAUGCCCAACAACAGCAGCAGCUUGAUCAGAUUCAGCGACUCCAAGAGCAGCUGCGCAUGCAACUGGAAGAGCAAAAACUUCGUCAGAUGUACCCAGGUGGGGACCUACCAGGGCAUGGCGUGCAGGAGGCAGUUGUCUUAGGACCUGAUGGCACAGUACUCUCCCGGAAGAUCACGGAUAGUGGGUGCCAGACAGAUGAGGAGGAUGAGGCAGUGAGCAAAGCUUAUACAGCAGGGAGGAAAAAGAAAAGUGCCAAAAAGAGUGUUGACAGUUGUGUCCAGACUGAUGAUGAAGAUCAAGAUGAAUGGGAGGCCCAGACCAGAAACCGACAAAGUCGGCCACGCACUGCUCGGGGUGACAGGGGUGGACAUUCAGAGAUGUCUCUUAAAGCCCACACUGAGAUUUCCAUACAAACCGAUACAGAAGGCAACAUUCGAGUGGACUCCAGGAUGGAGCUGUCUGACUCUGAAAGGACCUCGCCAAAGAAAAGACCCACUCCCUUAGAAAUAGGUCAAUCUCCUAAAGUUGAUUCUUCUACGCUUCAGGCCCCUCCUAAAUCUCUCAAUGUGCUUUAUUCCCCCAUAUCCCCCUGUAUAUCACCAAGCAAAUCCCUUGAGUUUGUGUCCUAUGAGAAAUCAUUGGGUGAUACAAGCCCACAAAAGCUAAGAGGAAGUACCGAUCCAUCGAAAGCCUCUCCAGUAAGUCCCAGGGCACCAAAAGCCAUACAGAGAUCGAUGUCUGACCCUAAGCCCAUGAGUCCAACAGGAGAAGAAAGGGCAACAUGUGGCACCCAGUAUGGUGAUACAGGGAAAGGCUCAGGUGGCACACCAACAGGCACUCAAAAGAAGGUGAAGAGGACCCUCCCCAAUCCACCCUCAGAGGAUGAGUCAACAACGAGUGGUCAGACAGCACACAACACUGGUUCGGCCCGCCGGAGAAUGUGCCGCAAUUCUAACAUGGCACGUGCUAAGAUCCUGCAGGAUAUUGAUCGUGAGUUAGAUCUUGUUGAGCGUGAGUCUUCCAAGCUCCGCAAAAAACAAGCAGAGCUUGAUGAGGAGGAGAAGGAGAUUGACGCUAAGCUUAGGUACUUGGAGAUGGGAAUUAAUCGUAGAAAGGAUGUGCUACUGAUGGAGAGAGAGAAGAGAGAAAGGGCAUAUUUACAGAGUGUUGCAGAGGACAGAGACUACAUGUCAGACAGUGAGGUUAGUAACAUCCGAGAGACAAGGGGUGGGCUUGGAAGUGGUGAAGAUGAGGAGAUUGAAGGUCACAGCCUUGAACGUCCCAGAACAGCUCCACAGUCAGAACUGGAUGACUUUGUCCCUCCUCAAACGAAGUAUGAGUAUGGGAAAUACAGCCAGCACCAAUACUAUCAAACCCAAUACCAGCAGUCUCUCUACCAGACUCCCCAGUCCUACCAAUCCCAUUCUCUCUACUCCUCUGUCCCCUCGCUCACUAGCUCCCAGCAGCAGAAUUACCACCAGAUGCUCCUGUUGCAGCAGAAAGCUGCCAGACAAGCAGCCCUCCUCUCAGAGUUGGAUGCAACUAAAUAUGAUGUCAUUAGCCGCCAGCCUGAUCCCACAUCGUCGGCUUACCUGGGAGUCAAGUAUGACAAAUAUGGCAACCACCUUGACCUCAGAGCCUUGGAGGUUGGAAGUAUGCCACGUAGCCCUAUCACGGCUGUCUCUGAUUCCUAUUAUACAGAUGUAGAUCCCCAUACACCUCGUAGUUACAUGUUAUUGGAGGAUGCUGCAGAACUGGCUAAGAGCUCCACAGGUCUAUCCUCAUCUUACAGUCUGGCUGAGAGGGAGUUGGCCAAAGCAGAAAAGCUGCUGCGUAGGAGUGCUGCAGAUCUGUGUUCUGCUGAGUAUCUGGGAUCCACGUCUAGACUCCAUACUUUUGGAAAGACCCCCGAUGAAGAGGAUACAAUGGAGGAACCCUACGAACUGAAACUCUUGAAGCAGCAGCUAAAGCAAGAGUUCAGGAGAAGUGCUGGGACAGAAAACCUAGAACAAUUGACAGGCCUCUCCCAGCACUACUACACCCCAAGCUCUAGCGUGUCUAGUUACUCCCAAAGACAAUAUCCAAAGUCAGAUAAGUACAGUAUCAGUCGACUUACUCUCGAGAAGCAGGCAGCUAAACAACUCCCAGCAUCAAUGUUGUACCAAAAACACAAGGCACCGUUGAUUGAUCCUAAGAUCUCUUCCAAGUAUUCCUCUGUUACAGAUAACAGGGGUUUGGAGACAGACUACACCAGCUAUCUUGGGUCAACCAGUGCAUCUGUAAGAACCAGCCGGCUCUCACAAGAUGAAAUUACCUUUGGCCUUCGUAAGAAUAUUGCAGAGCAACAAAAAUACCUGGGGUCCACCUUGGGUGCCAAUUUGGCAGGGUCUCUAAAUCUGGGCCAGAGCCUAGGCUUGGAUUCCGCUUAUCCUAGUGGUAGUCGCUCAAGACCCUCAUCGAGGCCCACAUCUUGCUAUGGCCUGGACUUGUCCAUUAAAAGAGACCCUUCCAGCUCUUCGCUGAGGCUUAAAGGGGACGGCGAAACAUCUGGAGAUGUACCAAGCUAUCAAACUCCCUCUGGUCGCACCAAACCUACAAGCCUUCCCAUUGUGCAAAGUGGUCGUGGCAGACUACCAAUAGUUGCCCAAAACUCUGAGGAAGAGAGCCCAUUGAGCCCAGUUGGGCAACCUAUGGGCAUGGCCCGUGCAUCAGCGGGACCUCUACCGCCGAUCUCAGCUGAUUCAAGGGACCAGUUUGGUUCCUGCCUUUCCUUACAGGACUCCCAACAACAGCAACAUAUCAGGGAAGAGCCAACCAGGGGUAGGGGUUACGUACUUCUGGAUGACCUUCAGGGUACCAUGUCAGAUAGUGAAGCACUAAGUGAUUCCCAGAUGGCUUUGAACAGAGACGAUGCAACCAAUGCUUACCACCUUAGACGAGAGGAGACGGAUUGGUUUGACAAACCUAGGGACGGGCGAUCAGAGAAUGGACAAGAGAAGAGACAGGGAAAAGGCCUGUAUUACCCCUUCCCUCACCUCAGGGUCAAACUGCAGAGGGAUCCCAAAGACCGUAGUGUCUCAGGAAACGGCCUGGGAAUCCGUGUGGUUGGAGGGAAAGAGGUCCCUGGCAGUAAUGGAGACAUUGGAGCCUACGUUGCCAAAGUCCUGCCCGGGGGAGCUGCAGAACAGACAGGAAAGAUUCUAGAAGGAAUGCAAGUGCUAGAGUGGAGCGGAGUUCCUUUGACGGGUAAAACCUAUGAAGAGGUACAAGGGCUGGUCGGGCAGCCGUGCAACGAGGCAGACGUGUGUGUCAGACUUGAUCUCAACAUGCUGGCUGAGUCUGACGGUUCAGACCACCUGGAUUUCCAGGAGCACAGCAAAGGUGACAGGCCUCCCAGGUCCCCAGGUGUUGACCCCAAGCAGCUGGCAGCGGAGCUGCAAAAGGUGUCCCAGCAGCAGGCUCCCUCCUCCACCUCUUCCUCCGGGCUUCCUCCCACCACCUCAGCAACCUCCAGCCCCGGUCAGCCGGGAUCCCCCUCCGUCGGGAAGAAACGCCACAGCAGCAAGACUGCAGAGGGAAUGAAGACCCUGACCCAUCCCAUCUCUGGAGAGAUACAGCUUCAAAUCAACUACGACAAGCAGCUUGGCAACUUGAUUGUUCAUGUCCUGCAGGCCAGAAACCUCGCGCCGCGGGACAACAAUGGCUACUCUGACCCCUUUGUUAAAGUGUAUCUCCUUCCAGGGAGAGGUCAGGUCAUGGUUGUCCAGAACGCCAGCGCUGAAAACAAGAGGAGGUCCAAACCCGCGGGCAAAAGUCUCAACCCCGAGUGGAACCAGACUGUCAUCUAUAAAAACAUCCACCUGGAGCAACUGAGGAAGAAGACCCUGGAGGUGAGCGUGUGGGACUACGACAAGUGCUCCUCUAAUGAUUUCUUAGGAGAGGUCCUUAUUGACCUGUCCAACACAGCCCAGCUGGACAACGUCCCGCGGUGGCUCCUCCUCAAGGAGCAGAGCGAGGGGGACCACCACCGGCGCUCCCACUCGGGCCAGAGCCGACACGGCUCCUCUAAACCCUCCUCACAGCACUCGUCCCCUAAAACCACCGGGGCCGCACACGACAAUCAGGACUCGCCGAAAUCCUCCGUCAUCAAGAGCCGGAGCCACGGGAUUUUUCCAGAUCCGGCCAAGGACACGCAGGUGCCCACUAUCGAGAAAUCUCACAGUAGCCCCGGCACAUCGAAGCCUUCCCCGUCCGAGGGCCAGGGCCAAAGCCACGGACACAGCCAACACGCUCGCUCGCACGGCGCUUCACGCUCCAGCAAAAGUGCCGCACGGCAACGGCAUCAGGACAGCGGCGUAGCAACGGGCGAUGCCCCGCAGCAGCAGCCGCAGCAGCAGCAGCAGCAGCUGCCGCAACGCCUUCAACCAAGCCAAAGGGGCCGCCUCUCACUGAGGCAGCAGAGACACAGCGUAGUGGGCGUGCUCACCGUUCAGAGAGCCCAGUCCGAUUGGCCGCCUGACCCGCCAUCGGCCAAAGGGAGCAGAGCGGACGGCAGACACCUGACCCUCAGGAAAGCCGUGUCAGAGGAGAGGCCGCAGAGCACCGGAGCUCGGUCGAGCUACAGGUCUGGUGAUGCUCCGGUCACAGCCGCCUCAUUGGACAGCGGCCUGAGCGGCAGCGCCUACAGCCUGUUGGACGAGGAGGGAGAGAUGAACGAGGUGGACAGUGCCAUCUUCCAGGUGCCGCGACUUGGAAAGAUCCCAAACGGCACGGAUGAGAUGAAAUCAUCAUUGGUACCCGGUGAGAUUGAAGGUAAGUCCCAGGUAAUGGGGGAGAUAAAGAUUGCCCUGAAGAAGGAGAUCAAGACGGAGGGAGAGCAACUAGUCCUUGAGAUUCUCCAAUGCCGCAACAUCACUUACAAGUUCAAGACUCCGGACCACCUGCCUGAUCUUUACGUGAAGCUUUACGUGGUGAACAUCGCCACCCAGAAGAGAAUUAUCAAGAAGAAGACCAGAGUGUGCCGUCACGACCGGGAGCCGUCUUUCAACGAAACCUUCCGCUUCUGUAUGAACCCGGCCGGACACUCGCUACAGCUCUUCCUGGUGUCCAACGGGGGCAAGUUCGUAAAGAAGACUCUCAUCGGGGAGGCCUACGUGUGGUUGGACAAGGUCGACCUGCGCAAGCGGGUGGUGGGCUGGCACAAGCUGCUCGCCAGCACGGCCCAGAUCCACUCAUAGGGGGGGGCUCAAUCCACAGAACAACUGAACUCCACAGGGCAAUCCAGGAGCCCCCCCCCCCCCCUUCGCCUGGGGGACGCUUAGGUCCCACAUCUGUGACACCGAUCCGCUCUGGUCGGGUGGAGGAUAAAGGGGGCUCGAAUGAUCUCUUUCUUUGAUCUUUGUUUUCAGGGCUCGGAGUGUCUUUGUUUUUCUUCGUCGGGGCGAAUUGUGAUGAUGAUUUCUGUCACGCGGGGGAGUUUUGAGGGGAGGAGUGAAUGCGUUUACAGGAAAUGAACACACGUUUACAGGACGUACGGUGUACAGCAGUGUGGCCCGGGGGCUGAGUUCAUAGGUCAAGCACGUAAUCAACCAGGUAUUAAACAUUUUAAUACAAAACACACACACACACAAACACAUGCACACAAUUAUUUAAGACAACUUUGCACACUCAUUUGCGCAGAAGAGACAUUUUAAUUCUACAGGGAAUGGACACACUUGUGGAUUCUAAUUUAUUUAUUUAGAUGUUUUAUCCAUGACAGAUUUUCUCCAUUGCUUUACUAUGAGUGCAGAGUUUUAUUGAUUUACAAAGCAUUUUGGAAAUGAAAUAUGGAAGACUCCGCUACGGAGAACUCUCUUUAUUUUUGUAUUAUGAUAUUAACGUAGAGUUCUAUCAUUUGACUUCUCCUCAAUUGUUUAAGUACCUAAAAAAUCGAUCCUGUAAAGGACACAUAGUCUAUUUUAUAACAAACUACUUAGCGUUCCAGCUCCAGAGGAAGAAAGGAAAUCUCAGCAAACAUACAUUUAUUUAAAACGAACAUCUCCUUGUUCACUUUUUCUUUUUCUCCUUGUAAGUGUAAACUCAGUUCUAUCAAAGAAACUGUUGUUUGAUAAUGAAAGAUAUUGAUAUAUAUAUGUGUGUAUAUCAAAGUAGACACUACAUAUUUUGCGCAUGAGUCUAUCUAAAUGGUAUGCUGGGCCACAUUUUCUGCACAAACAAAUGUUCACAUCUAAGGUUCACUUUGUAUAUAGUAUAGUAUCAUAGCCGGAAAUAAACAUAUAUAGAUAGAUAUAUAGAUCUUUAUCACAGACAAUCAAGUCUUGAUGAUUGUGACAUAGAGGUUUUAUUUACCCAUGAUGCCCUUUAGAAUGUGUAACAUUUUUAUUUUUUACUUGUUACAUCCAGACACAUUAUUAUUAUCAUAUCAGUCCUGCUUCCAUUUAUGGGAGUGGUACGCUUGUGUGGUAUUUUGCACUUUUUCUGCCUAGAAUGUAAAUCCUCCUGCUAGACAUGAGAUAGCCAGACUUUUCUUUUUCUUUCCUGUGGGAGGAAGUAGAGAAUUAAAAUAUAGCGACGCCAUUAAAAGAGGAUAGAAAAAUGCUCCAUUACCAUUCUAAAGACACGACAAUGCUAUUACAGCAGCAUGUUGGCUUUAUCGUCAUAAAUGUGUUGUCUUGUAAUUACCACUUAGAGUUGAGAUCACCAAUGUUGUGACUACACGUCCACUUUGUCCGUUGUGUCUUGAAAACAAUCGUUGUGUGCGCUUGAAUGGGGGUCGAGAUGCAGGCGGGGGACAGCUGGUUCAUUCAUUAUUUUCAGUCUGACUUAGUGAAAAUUAACAUCUGAGUGAUUUCUAUGCAACAUCAACCAUGUGCAGGUCGCCGCUGCAUCUUGACUUGCCAGAAACGUGAGAUGAGUGAAAGCAUUUAUACAGAUUUUUCUUUUGCAACGCAGUGUUUUCAUGUUCUCUAUGUUUAUUGCUUUAAUGUGAUUUGUUUUCUACAUUUAGUUAUUCAUCUCAUUUUGUAUUGUUAAUAUGAAUCUUAAUUUAUUCUCUGUGAGACUAUUUUAUAUGUUGUAUUAUUUGUUUACAGGACAUAUCAGGUGUACAUAUAAAAAACAAUGUGAAAUUUUGUUUUAUACGCAAUGUAGUACUUGUUUACAAGGUUUAGAAGGCCUGAAACUCCUUGGCACCGACACACACUCACAUAUGGCAAUUUACAUGCACAAACCCAAAAUUCCACAUAGGAAUUAAGCUAAGAAAAACUCACCAUCCUUAUUCCAAAUAUUCCAAUUUAUGUGCACUCCCCAUUUGAAUUGUUUUUCCUUUUUGUACGUGAUAUUACAAAAAAAGACCAAUUGUAAUCAGUGAACGUUAUACCUGCUAUGAUAGUAGUGUUCAGUGUGUGUUUUUUUUUCAUAUUCAUGUGCUUGUGUGUUGCAUCUUCAUACCGAGUCCAUGCAUGACAUUCGCUGUAAUGCAUACCUCUUCUUUUAAGUGUUGUCCGUCUAAAUCUAUUGACUUUAAAAUAGCUCGUGACAAAGAAUUACACACUCUUUCACACGCGCGCACACACACACACACACACACACACACACACACACAGAUGCUAUCUCUCUAUUUCCAACCUUGUAAAUACAUAGCUUUUUAUACUGGGGUUUGGGGAGCAAUAGGUCUUUUAGCAGACAAAAGGGGCGUGUGAUCAUAGAAGUAAAAGGAAGUUUUCUUUCAAUCAAUAUACGGUGGAUAGACUGUGAAACAACCACACGUCCGUCCACAGAGACCCAGAUUUACCCGACACUUUACACCAAACAAUGAAGGUUUACCAGAGUAACUACACAGAACUAUAUCUCAACAACACAAGCAGUUGCAGGAUAAUUUAAAUGUGCUCACACUGGAUGUUGCAUGUUUCGUUGGUGGUUCAUACUAUUUUUGUGUCCAGAUAUUAUUAAAGAAAAAAAAAAAAAAAGAAAGAGGUACAGAAAGAUAUAGAACAAAAAUGCUGUUAGAAGGUUAAAUUAUGAAGAAAACCUAUUCAAAUUAUUGAAGAUGUUUGCUGACUGUUCAAAGAUUCUGCUUGUAAAACCCGUCUGGUUUUUCACUUGUAAGUAAACAGAAAAAAAAAAACUACUGUCAUGGUUUUGUGAUUGUAUACAGGAGGUAUUGAUAAAUUAUGCAAAUUGUGCUGUAAAAAUGGCUGUUGCCCCAUGUCUAAAUAUUAAAUAUCAGUACAAAUUA